AUGAUUUGUUUUUCGUGUUGCAUGUCCAAAGAGAAAAUCACUAGAAAGUCAUUGACAAAGAGCAGUCACAAAGACACAAAAACAAAAUAUUCACCUUCCUUCACCAACAUCUCCUUUAAAUCCGGUAAAUGUUACUGCUUCAAUGAAGCUGCAGCUUUAAUUCAAAAAAUGAACGUAUUUCAUUCUGCAGAUAGCAGCAGGCGGAGAUACAUCACCGAAGAGAUAUCAAAAGUCGGAAAAGGGAAUAUUACUGCUCAGAUUUUCACAUUUGAGGAUCUGUCUAUAGCAACUAACAACUUCGACCCUGAGUGUUUAUUGGGUGAAGGAGGCUUUGGGCGGGUUUACAAAGGCCACAUUAAAAGCAAAAAUCAAGAUGUUGCUGUUAAGCAACUUGACAGAAAUGGGUACCAAGGAAACAGAGAAUUCCUUGUGGAGGUUUUGAUGUUGAGUCUUCUUCACCACCCUAACCUUGUCAAUUUGGUCGGAUACUGUUGCGAUGGCGAUCAGAGGAUUUUAGUGUAUGACUACUUACCCAAUGGUUCCCUAGAGGAUCACCUUCUUGACUUGGAUUCACAGAGGAAGCCUUUAGAUUGGAAUGCGAGGAUGAAAAUUGCUCAAGGAGCAGCGAAGGGACUCGAAUACUUGCACGAAAUGGCUAAUCCACCAGUGAUUUACCGUGAUUUUAAAGCAUCUAAUAUAUUAUUGGAUGAAGACUUCAAUCCAAAGCUCUCCGAUUUUGGCCUUGCCAAGCUAGGUCCAACUGGUGACAAGACCCAUGUUUCCACAAGAGUUAUGGGAACCUAUGGGUACUGUGCGCCAGAGUAUGCAUUGACAGGUCAGUUAACAACAAUGUCAGAUGUCUACAGUUUUGGAGUGGUGUUUUUGGAACUAAUCACGGGAAGAAGAGUGAUAGACAAUUCAAGACCAACUGAAGAGCAGAAUCUAAUUACUUGGGCGCAACCUUUGUUCAAAGACAAAAAGAAGUUUCCAUUAAUGGCUGACCCAUUGCUUGAAGGAAACUACCCCUUGAAGGGACUCUAUCAAGCUCUUGCAGUGGCAGCAAUGUGCCUUCAAGAGGAAGCUACUAUUCGGCCUUUGAUCAGUGACGUGGUAACUGCUCUCGAGUAUCUGACUGUAGGCAACAGCAACGAAGAGGUUGCAGAGAACACGGUGAAAUCAGCCUCUGCUGAUAGAAAGAUUACUGGAGAGAUUGGAAAUGUUGCAUCAGAUUGCGUUUGGGAAAGAGAUUGAGAAAACUGCUAAUGAACCAUUUGGGACUGUAUAUUAUAUGUAAGCUGGGAUGCAUUGUGAAACCAGACCCGAAAUCAUUAAAGUCAAAUUCUAAUUCUUUUUCAUGAUAUUUGCGACAUUAUUGUGGAUGUACAGUUCAAACUGUAACAUAAUUCUGAAAAAUAAUCUACUUGGGAAGA